AUGUCCGAAAUAGAUGUCCAAGAGCAGUUGCUCGACCGUCGACUUCAGCUUACCGAGGGUCUCGCCAGUCUCCCAUAUGACCUCAUCUUGUACAUAGAACGAGCAAAGAUCUAUGGAGACCUUGGCUACCCCGACCUCGCCGCUGGUGAUGCUUACCGCGCCUUGCUGCUGACUGACGAAGUCCUUUCCGAGGGCUUUGAAUUCCAUGAGCAGGCGUUUUCAGCUUUGCGUAUGCGGUUGCCGCCACCCCUCCCUGAUAUUCUCUCAUACAGCAAUCUUUCCGACGAGUGGUUGCCUCCUCGCGGCGUCGAGGACCAGGAUAACGAGGAAACUGUACAUGCGCUGGCUCGCUUGUGCUCGAUCCGAGCCUACCAAAUUCUAUCUCUUAAUUUGCUGCUAUGCGGAUGUCUCAAGUCGGCGUUGACCUUUUGCGACCGUGGCCUGGCGGUGAGCCCGGCCAAUCAGGAGCUCCUCAACACCAGAAACAGCAUCGUGACGGUCGCCCGUCGACGGCUGCGCCGGGAGGAGUUUGAUAUUAGCGACUUGCCUGACUCGGGCCUGGUACGCAGGGAAGUGUAUCCGUGGAAUGACCACGAACCUGAUCGCUUCGACCCGGCGUCGCUCGAUGCCCUGAACGCCGACCUCAAGAAGAUGGCUCCCAAGUGUGCCAUCAAAGUCGCCACGUUGCCCGUCCUCCUAGAAACGGCGAGCAGCAGCACCGACUCGCUCGAAAUUAUACCCACAUGCCAGCAGCUUGGCGUCUUUGCGCAGGAAGACAUUGAGCCAGGCGAGGCGGUCCUACGCGAGUACACCCUGCUCACGGCAAACAACAGACUCAAAGACUCGGUUUGUGAUGCAUGCAGCUCCGAUCUCCCCCCCAUCGGAAGUGAGCAGGAGCCGGUCAAGUGUGAUGAGUGCUACGAUACAGUCUUUUGCAGCCAGUUCUGCCACAACGAGGCUCAGGAACGGUACCACCCCGCCGUUUGUGACAAGGACGUCGACGCCAUCGCCAAGGACGCUGACAAAUUCGAGGCUGACGACACGCUCUACUUGCUCCUUCUCGCGCGCGUCCUCGCUCUCGCAGAGCACCAAGAAACUCACCCCCUCGAUGUUCGCGAGGUCAAGUUCCUCUGGGGUGACUUUGUGCCGAGCCGGGCCAACGACAUUGACGUAUCACCCUCGGCUGGCCCACCUCCCGAGUGGACGCUGCCUUUCUCCUUCAAGUACAACAUUGAGACGCCCUUGCACCUCCUCGAGAAGAUGGACAUUGAUGUCUACGCUACGCUGGCUAGCUACGAUCUCUGGAUCCUCAACACGCUGUACGCUAAAUUCCGCGGCACCGCCUCAGCCCGCAAGAGCCUGCGCGACGGCCGCCCGGAUGUCGCCGCCGUCCAUCCAUACUGGUGCCUCGCCAACCACGACUGUGACCCCAAUGUCACCUGGGACUGGGGUGGCCGUAUGGUCCUCCGCGCUAGGACGGAGCGCAAGGUCAGCGGCCGGCCCGGUGGCAUCCGGAAGGAUGAGGAGAUUCUUAAUCACUACUGUGAUAUCGACAUGCCUGUCCGACAGCGCCGCGAGUGGGCACGCGGCAGCCUCGGCGGCUGGUGCAUGUGCCAGCGCUGCCGGACCGAAUCCGCCGCGGCAGAGGACGCUGGCGAUGGAAAAGAGCUAGACGCUGGCGGUGAGGGAGACUCGUGA